UAGUACAAUUAUUAUACAAAACAGGAGUGAAUAGUAUCGCUAACAGUAUUCUCUCGCGAACGGAACGCCGGCGUCUACAUUUCGGAAGUUAACGUGCUAGAAAUGAUGUCUGAUGUGGAGACGAGUCUGCCUGUGUCUUUGGACUUGUCCUCGGUGGUGGAGGAGGCUGUCCGCUCCGCCGUCUUCUCCGUGCUCACAGAGAUUCAGAGACUGAUCGCCCGCAACGUGGCCGAGCUGCGCGCCGCCGUCGCCAAGAAGGACUGCGAGAACGAGAAGCUGAAGGCGCAGCUGGAGUCGGUGAGGCGGGAGCUGCGCGAGCAGGCGCGCUUGAAUAAUAAGUCGAACCCGAGCUGCUGCUCGGACACGGCGCGACACCACGACACGCGCGGAGCCUCGGAGAGACACGAGAGCGGUUCGGAGCCGGUGCCCGAGCGCGGAUCACCCUCCUGCAGCCAGCAGUGGCACAGAGUCCAUGAGCAGACACUGGGCGGCCCCCUGGACAGCCUGGAUGGGGGCUACUGCAUGCAACCAGAAACGGAGCCUGACAUGAUCCCUGAGGCGAUGAUGCCAGAGCCUCCUCUGUUUCGUCAUCAAGGUGAGGAAGGUGAUCCCAGACAUGUGAGCACUGCCAUGGAGCUCAAGGUUGUCCAGGUGAAGGAGGAGGUUUCAGCUGCACAGCAGACAUCUCCUGCACUGGACACUGAUCAGUCAAAGCCCUACAUAUGUGGUGAGUGUGGGAAGAGUUACCUGUGGCUGAAGAAUUUGAAGAAGCACCAGAAGAUCCACACUGGGGAGGCACCGUUCAGCUGCAACAUCUGCUGCAAGCACUUCUCUUCACAGCAGGUGUUUGAGGAGCACCAGCGCGUGCACACAGGCGAUCGACCGCACCGAUGCACGUACUGCUCUAAGACCUUCAAUCACCUGUCCAACUUGAAGAAGCACCAGCUCAUCCACACUGGAGAAAAGCCACACCACUGUAGCCUCUGUGGCAAGCGCUUCCGGCAGAUCCAGCACCUAAAGGAGCACCGCAAGACCCAUGAGGACAGCAAGCCUUUCCGCUGUGGCGAGUGUGGCUGGGGCUUCAACCAUGGCUCUAACUUCAAACGACAUCUCCUUGUCCACACACGACAGAAGAUGCGCCAUGGACUUACUAUCUCAUGAGCGUAAAUUGUGUUUUUUAAGACAAAUUAAUUCAUCAUAUUCCCAAGAAAGACAUAAUCCUCCCUGUGUUGAGGUGUGUCUCUGCUGUGCUGCACUGCUCCUAACCUGCAUUCAACACUGAAUACUUUCAAAUUUAGAACACGAAUGAGCCUGAGCCAGUCUUUACUCAUGUUGAUCUUGCUGUGAUUUAUGCAAAGUUCUGUAGCACUAGUCUUCUUUUACUUAUUAUUCAGUGUUACAAAAAUAGGGUUAUGGGGGGAAGGGGGACGUUUGGCCGAUGUCAUAAUGAAAUGCAUAUUAACUACAUAAAUUUGUUAAACAGUUGAUGUGCAAGGACCGUUAGUGUUUUGUG